AUGAGCACCAGCAUGGACACGUACAAGCUUCACGCCAGAGAGAAGGUCGAGCAGUACAAGGACCAGGCCAGUGACUACAGGGACGCCCUGGUCGACCGGGCCGGCCAGGCGGUCGACGACGUGCGUGGCCGCUCGAUCAAGGCCGGCACCACAAUCAAGGACAAGGUGACCCACCCGCUCGACACCAUCGACCAGGCCCGCGACGGCUUCGACGCGGUGUUCAACGCCGAGCGGUUCGACCGCGCCCGCGACAAGAUCGAGGCCGAGGCCUCGCUGGCCGUGGGCUACAAGGACCAGUUCCUGGGCGCCAUCAAGGAGGCCUUCGGCCGCAUGCUCCGCGACGAGCAGCUCAGGGCCGCCGGCCACCAGCAGCGCAUCAAGGGACAGACCGAGGUCAAGCUCCAGAAGGCCCUCGAGGAGGAGAAGAAGUUCCAGAAGCUGCGCGCACAGAUCGUCGAGGUCCUCAUGCGCCGCGAGGCGCUGCUCUCACACCUGGUGCGCUCGUGGUCGCAGCCCCAGAAGCUGCGCCACGUCGAGGUCCGCGAGCGCGACCCGGCCGACCUGUUCGUCGCCGCCGGCGCCGGGCGCACCACCUUCAAGCUCAGGCACUACAACGUGCAGCCGCUCCUCAACGAGAUCCGCGAGCGCCGCACCAUGAAGCCCAUGGUCUUCGUCGAUGUGCGCGAGCGCGGCCUGAUCCGCUCGAUCCCGCUUACCAAGCGUGACGUGAAGGGCUUCAAGGGCCGCAGCGACCGCUACCUCGACCUGUGGGCCGCCAUCCGCCGCAGCGACCCCCAGCGACUCCACGCGGUCCAGCGCUCGCUGAUCCGCGACUGGUCGGCCCCGCGCCUGGACCUCCUCCGCAGCCUGGCCGCCGCCGACGAGCGCCGCAGCGAGGUGCUCAGGGAGGUGGUCUCGCCCGAGGCCCGCACCCAGCUGGUCCACGUCGCCCGUGACAACGGCGCCGGCGUUCGCCCCGGCGCAGUCAAGAAGGCCAAGGGUGGUAAGGCCAAGCUGCUCGAUGAGCUGAAGCAGGGCGAGGUGGACCUCAAGCACGUGGAGACGCUGGACAAGUCCCGGCCGGCCAUCGACAAGGACGUCCAGCUCAAGACCUGGGACAAGAGGGGCUUCCUCGACGAAGUCCGCCAGGGCACCGAGCUCAAGCACAUCUAA